AUGAGAAUUUCUUCUUUUCGAACCAACCACGUAAAUCUUUGUGUUUAUUUGUUUAAUUUCUGUUUGUGGGUUUGUGAAUAUGAUCGACGUUGCUUCCGCUUUUACUCCAACCAUUGGUAUUUUGGUAUCGAGUGGCAUUUAUGGACAUGUAGGAAGUAUGGUUUUUUUCCUGGUGUUAAUUUGUUGUGCAAUAUAGGCUGUCUGGGCGGGACAAGUGAACUGCAUCUUGUGAUCAACUUAUGGCAGAGAGUGGAGCCGCCAUUGCAGAGAUUAUUAGGCAACAUAAUCUCACACUGCAUAGCAUCAGAGACCACAUGGGAGCAGAGGGAGAAGGAUGUAUGGGACAUAGUGGGAGACAUAAAGAGAAACUUAAAGGAGCUCUGUGAGAAGUUCCCAAGAGAUUACAAGGAUGAAGAAUGGGGUUGGCUUUACAAAUUACAUGCGAAACAAUCAAUGGGGAGGCCGAGAAAUGAAGGGGAUGUGGCGGUGAUUUCAUGUAGCAGCUGGUGUAAAUUUUCAUUUUACGAGGUAGAUUUUGGACGUGGGAAGCCCAUAUGGGUCACUGUCCCCGAGUUGCCUGCGAAGGAUUCAAUUAUAUUCAUUGAUACCAAAGAUGGCGACGGGAUCGAAGCGAUAGUGUGCUUGGAGGAGAAGGCAAUGGAGGCGUUUCAGCAAAAUCAAGAGUUUUUCUCAUUUUGUGAACUCAAAAACUAGCCGCUGAAGGCAAUGUCUUUAGCAAUGGUGUAUUUGGUAAGUCAUAAUAGUAAUUCUCAUCGUCAUUGUAAACCCAUGUGGUUGGUUUUAAGAAAAGGAAGUGGAUCGUUAAUGUUCUUAACA